GGGCAAUGGCUCUUUCGGCACUGCGUGGUCCCUCGUAUAUUUAAUCAAAUUUUAAACGUUUUAACCUCCACCUUUGGAGCCAGUUUUCCUGUUUUGAACUCUCUCCUUUCCUGAGCCCAAGCCUGAGAGUGAGAUCCAUUGCCAAUACCGCUUGCAGUUGCAGAUCUCCACAGCUCCAACUUCUUCACCUCCUACGCCAGAACCUUAAUUCCAAGCCAAGUUGGUUCUGCUGGUCCUUCGAAUAAUGAACUCAAAUCUCAGCAACAAUGCACCGGCCAACAGUGUGCUUGGUUCAUCUGUGUGCCAUAAGCAAUCCACAUUACCGGUAAAAAAGGUGGUGUUGAGAGAUGUACAGAACGAUAAUAGAAGCUGUACGCCUAGUUAUCCUGAGAAUUCUUUUCUAGGACGGCUGCUCGCAGAUCCAAUUAAGGUUUCUGGAACUAAGAUACUCAGCCCUGAGUUUGCGCGGAGCCCUCCUUGCCACCAGUUCACGAGGAUCAGCGAUCCAAGUGAUCAUCUCAUGCAUGGUGGGGUUGUGAAGAAGUUAGACUCAGAACUAGGAAAGCGAAGAGCUCAAGGUGUUAAGGAAGAUUGCCUAAAUUUCAAACGACAUUGUUCGCAAAAGGCGCCAGACCUACCUAAAGAAAGAAACAAGAAGCAAGAGUUAGAGACAUCUUGUUUACCUGCAUUUUCACCAACGCAUUGGGCUUCUCCGAUUAAAUUCUCACCUAGUAGACCACCAGUUCCAAAUUUUCUUAGAAAGUCUAGUAAUGGCCUUCCAGCUGCUAAUUCCAAGCACCUUAGAUUUACUCCUGAAUCUGAAGUUCCCCAGUCAGUUCUUUCUGAGAGGAACCGUGAUGAGGAAAGGACAGAACGGUUUCUACAUCUGCAGAACCUCUUGAAACACUUUGACGAGUCUGAUCAGAGCGAAUAUCUCCAGAUGCUUCGUUGUUUACCUUCAUCCGAGCUUAGCAGACAUGCCGUUGAGCUAGAGAAAAGAUCGAUGCAGCUAUCAGUUGAGGAAGCAAAAGAGAUCCAAAAGAUGAAAGCUCUAAAUAUAUUGGGGAAGUGAAAAGCAUUCAAAACACAUUUGUAUCGUUAGCUGUGAAGUUCAUAUUGAGAAACUGACGCUGCCUCGUCUACUGCAAUAUGUCACUCAUGGCGUUUUCUCCAACAAGAGCAACAGGUAGGGUUUUACUCUUACCUGUGUAUUAUCUCAAUUCAAUUCGUCACUGCUCCAAAAUUGUCCAGACUACAUAGACCUUUGUUUUCACAUUUUUGGUGUCUUUUCUAGGGCAGAAGAGGUUGUAAUUCUUUGCUUCAGUUUUGAUUAGGUUCGAUGUUUUAGACAAACAAUUUUUUUUAUAAUGAUAAACUAGAAAUCUCACAGGCAGAGACUUGUACAUCAAGUGAUUAAGAGCGUUUAUCCU